ACAUUUACUUACAUAGCAUGUUAUAGAGUUGCGCCGCGCAAUCAAUAAAUUUCUAUUAUUCGAGCCAAACGCACACUUCCUCUUAGGCCCGCGCGGCGCCUAGACCUAUCAAAAUUUACUCACGGUAAAACUGUCCUCAGUUAUAAGUUGUCAAAAUUUUUAGUUUUUUCUUUUAAAUAAAUUUAACAAUGGCCGCCGUCAGCCCGGAUCGUGUUAACGAGAAAAGUUACAUUUUAGACGCCAGAAAGAACUUCGAAGAUGGUGGCAGUCUUGGAUCGGAUGAUACUUACGACGACAUGAAGCAGCUGGUCAGGGCUGACGAUGAAGAUGCGGAGAAAUUCACUAGCCUACCAUUGGCCAGUUUUAAUUUCAUUAAUUCUAUUAUUGGCAGCGGUGUCAUAGGCAUACCCUACGCUUUGCACCAAGCCGGUUUUGGAUUGGGUCUCGGGCUGCUAGUUCUGGUAGCAAUUUUAACCGAUUACUCCCUCAUCUUGAUGGUAAGGAGUGGGCACAUUUGUGGAGAAAUGAGUUAUCAAGGUUUAAUGAGAGCCAGCUUCGGAAGACCCGGAUUUUACAUACUCACUGUACUCCAGUUUAUCUAUCCGUUCAUUGCUAUGGUGUCGUACAACGUGGUCGUCGGCGACACAGUGACGAAAGUCUUAAUCAGGGUUACGGGGAUCGAGGAAACGAAUAUCUUCGCCAGACGGCAGGUGGUCAUUCUCCUAGCCACUUUAUGUAUCACGAUACCCUUGUGUCUCUACAGAAACAUAGCGAGACUCGCAAAAAUUUCAUUCCUAUCUCUCGUCUGCGUGGGAUUCAUUCUGAUAGCUAUAUUUGUGAGGAUGGGCACUUUGUCUUCGGUUGUACCGAGUCACGAGGACAGUUGGAGAUUCGCGAACCUUCCAGGUGUCAUUCCAGCGGUGGGAAUAAUGGCUUUUGCGUUCAUGUGCCACCACAAUACCUUCCUAAUUUACGGGUCAAUCGAACGAGUGACCCAGCAGAAAUGGGACGUUGUGACGCACUGGUCUUUAUUCACGUCGUUUAUCGUCGCUGCCGCAUUCGGGAUUGCGGGAUACGCCACUUUCACUGCGUACGUCCAGGGUGAUCUCAUGGAGAACUAUUGCUGGGACGACGACCUGAUGAAUCUGUCACGAGUGAUGUUCAGCGGAACGAUUCUUCUCACUUAUCCAAUCGAAUGUUUUGUUACCAGAGAGGUAUUGAUGACCGCUAUAAAAGGAACCGACGAAACGGAGAACCACGACGCUUACAUAUCCGGUUCAGACCGGAAGUACCUGAUAAUUACGUUGAGUAUUAUCCUAGUAACAUACCUAAUUUCUAUGUCGACCGAUUGUCUUGGUGUCGUUCUCGAGUUGAAUGGUAUCCUAGCCGCUGUUCCUCUGGCUUAUGUAUUGCCGGCUCUUUGUUACCUCCGAUUAGAAGAAGGUUCGUUAUUUUCGACAAAGAAACUGCCCGCUUUAGGUCUAAUGAUUUCCGGAGUAUUGGCAGCAGUCUCCGGUCUAUUGCUAGUUAUAUUCACCGCGAGCUCGACGGACUCUUGUUUUCAUGGUAAGAUCAUGCCGUACUGUACCAAUAACAUGACUGACAUAAUUUCCAACGUAACGCAGUCGGUGGUUACGGACGUUUUAUAAAUUGUCUUUCAUCCCAAAAUUGUACCUAGUAUAAUAUACACACCGUCUUUCCGCUCUUACACGGAAAAGGAGUGAGGAUACUUCCUAUAUAUUUAAAUAUGUAUACAGCAUACACAAUGCACGGACACAGGUCUAUAUACUUAUAUAUAUUUAUGUAUAUGUAUAUAUUAUUUUUUCGAAACAAUCUAUCCCAAAAACGGCCUGGUCACCUAAUCGGCCUAAUCGAAUACAGCUAAUGACAAUUGUUAUAUAGUUUGAAAAUUUUAAACCAACUUUUUACAUGUUUCUAUGAUUUAAUAUUUAUACAUGAAUUCUCUGUUCAAGAUACCUACAUAAGUAUAAUAUUUUUCAAGUCGUGAAUACGUACAUUUGACUUUCUGAUUGAGUCUCCAAAACGAGUAUUAAUAUUGUACUACUAUUACAUACCGAUUAGUUAUACAUGUAAUAAAUGUGCAUAUAGGUAUAUACAUAUAUAUAUAAUAUACAUACAUAAAUAAAUAUUGACAAGUGUAUGAUACACACAAAUGAUCGUAAAUACUGAAAAAAAAAAAAUUACGGAGCUAUAAAGAUAUAGUACGUUCAAUUAUAUCGACGCUUUAAAAGAGACCAUUGAUGACCAUAAAAGAAAGUAUUUAUACCAAGCACAAAGAUACAAAUAAUAUACAUGUACAUUCAACGACGGUAGUAAGAGAAACAAUACAUGAAUGGAGAUGAUUUUAUUACAAUUGUUUCAAUUAUUAUUAAUAUUAUUAUUAGGAGAAUUACGGAAUUUUGUCGCUACCGAUGACCGCUGCUAUCAAAAUACUUGUUGCCAAAGUAUGUGACAUAUUAUCAUAAUGUCUUACAUGUAACAUGCGAUUGAAAAACCGAUAAAACCGAAAGCUGCUGCGGACUGCAAGAUUGGAAUAUUUUAUGCCUGCCGUAAAUUGGCUGUUCGAAAACACUUGAAAGUUCCAACAAAUGAUAUUCGAGCAUUGGCUGUGUUUCAUAUUGUAAUGUGUAUUUAAUAUUGUGAGCGCGAUGCGUAGGACAAUAUAUGAUUAGCGAUAUAAUGAGAAGGCUUUGUGUCUGGGUCUAUAAACAAUAAGCGUUUUUAUUAGAAUAUACGAUUGUGGAGCUUAGAAAAUUUAUUAUAGAAUCUCCAAAAAGCAAAUGACCAGCGGAGACUAUCGGUGAAGCUGAACUAUAUGGAUAAUAAGUAAAGUAUACCUCUGUGUCAGUUAAUUUAGAAUCCGUGACUAGACGUUGAUCGAUAUAUGUAUGUGAAAUUCAAUAUUGAAUGAUCGAAAAGUUUAUAUACACAGACGCAGAGAGAGCUGAUUUGUGGAAAGAAAAUGUCGGUUCCCUUGCGCCAAAUUUAUUAUGCUGCGUUACACCGAGUUACAUACUCUAUUCUAUAUAUAUAUAUAUAUAUGACUAUAAUUCGUCUGUGAUUAUAAUUUUUCGACUAUUAUUUAUUUUUGUGAGAUAUUCGAUAUAUUAUAUUAAUAUAGUCUAUUUGAAAUGUACUAUAAUACGGUCGAAAGCAUUAUAUAUUGUAUUAUACCGUAGUAUAGUGUGAAGAAAUAAAUAAAUAUAAAGAUUAUA